AUGGAGCUUCUCGCCGGCGACUGUCGGAAACGAGUCGGCGAUGACUUUCCCGAGGAUGUUGACCCAUUCGACGGCUCAGACGGCGGCUGCGACUGGAUGUACGGUAGUCGUGAAUCGGGGUCCCUGAGAAUGAGACCUAACGGAGACGACGACGCUUUGGCUACGCUCGCGGAGUUAGCGCCGCCUCCUCAGAAACUGAAGCCCAUCAGGUGCGGCGGUAAGCCUCCCUUGGAGGAUCGACAUCCUCUGGAUAUUCUCGCCGGAACCCUAGAUAGGCUUCCGGAGAUGGGGUUUCUCGGAGACGGCUGCUUCGAGGCUGCGUUGGGAUCCAAGAUUGCUGACGUGGAGAAAAGCGGUCAAUUGACGCGUGGGUUUGAAAAAACUGACGAAAUGAAGCUCGAAGGUCGUCUCUCCGGACAUGGCACUUCUUGGGAUGGUGUGUCUCGGAGCUCGUCUGUUGAUAGCGACGACAGCGAAAGCGACUCUUCCCCGGGCGUUCGCAAGGGUAAAAGAAAGCGGGAAACGAGGGAGAAGAUGGAGCAUUUCUUGGAGAAGGUGGUGGGGAGUAUGAUGAAGCGGCAAGAGAAGAUGCACAAGCAGUUGAUUAAGGUGAUGGAGAAGAUGGAGCGUGAGAGAGUACGGCGUGAGGAAGCUUGGAGGCAGCAGGAAACAGAGAGGAUGAGACAGAACGAAGAGGAACGGAGACAAGAGAUGGCACGCAGCUUGUCUCUCAUCACUUUCAUCAAAACUGUCGUUGGUGAAGAGAUUGAGAUCCCUAAAUUCUGUGAUCAACCACCUCAGAAGCUUCUCCAACAUAGUGAAUCCGCUCAGAGACAAGGACAAGGAGAGACGAAGUUUGGUUAUUCAAGCGGGACAAGAUGGCCGCCAGAGGAAGUGAAGGCGUUGAUAGCUAGCAGAAGCGAAGUGGACGAGCAGACAGGGGUUCACAAGGGAGCUAUAUGGGAUGAGAUAUCAGCGAAGAUGAAGGAGAGAGGGUACGAUAGAUCUCCAAAGAAGUGUAAGGAGAAGUGGGAGAACAUGAACAAGUACUACAAGAGAGUCAUGGAAGGUGGGAAGAAACAGUCUGGGCAAAGCAAGACUCGCUCCUACUUUGAGCAACUAGGGAAUCUGUACAAGACCAACUCAGCUAGUGCAGAACAACAAGAGUGA